AUGUCGAGGUUUAGUACAGAUCUCAUGAAUUUAGUUAUUUUGUUGGUUUUAGUAAUCUAUUAUAGUUUGGAGAAUGCAACAUGUAAUGCUAGGUCACAAGAGUCAAGUAUUGAGAAUUUUUAUGUCUUUAAUGUCUUAGAUUAUGGUGCUAAAGGUGAUGGAAUCACAUAUGACACCAAAGCAUUUGAAGCAACAUGGAUUGAAGCUUGCAAAGUUGAAGGUUCAGUUAUGAUGGUUCCAUCAGAUUAUGAUUUCCUAGUUGGUCCUAUCACUUUUUCAGGGUCACAUUGUGAGAAAAACAUUGUUUUCCAGUUGGAUGGGAGAAUUAUAGCACCAACAAACCCUAAAGUGUGGGGUGUAUUACAAUGGCUUGAAUUCUCAAAGCUAAAUGGAAUAUAUGUUAAGGGAAAAGGCAUUAUUGAUGGCCAAGGAUCAGUCUGGUGGAAUAGCAAAUCAAAAGGAAAAAUGCCCAGAACAAGACCAGCAGCACUGAAGUUCCAUGGAAGUUUCAAUGUAGUUGUAACAGGCAUAACAAUCCAAAACAGUCCCAAAGCACAUCUCAAGUUUGAUCAUUGUGUGGCUGUUCAAGUUUAUGGGAUAACAGUUUCAUCCCCUGGAGAUAGCCCAAAUACUGAUGGAAUUCACCUUCACAACUCACAAAAUGUUGUCAUUAACAGCAGUGAUAUUGCUUGUGGAGAUGACUGUAUAUCUAUACAAACAGGAAGUUCAGCUGUGUUCAUUCAUGAUGUGAAUUGUGGACCUGGACAUGGAUUCAGCAUAGGAGGGCUAGGAAAAGACAACACAAAAGCCUGUGUUUCUAAUAUAACAGUUCAGGAUUCAACACUACAAAACACUAUGACUGGUGUAAGAAUCAAAACAUGGCAGGGAGGCUCAGGCUCAGUUCAUGGAAUCACGUUCUCAAAUAUCCAUGUCUCAGAUGUGAAAAUACCAAUAAUGAUAGAUCAAUUCUAUUGUGACAAAAGAAAAUGUGGUAACCACACAUCAGCAGUAGCAAUAUCAGGAGUUUCAUAUCAAUCCAUAGAAGGAACUUAUUCAUAUAAACCAGUUCAUUUUGCGUGUAGUGACUCUGUGCCAUGCACAGGUGUUUCCCUUGCAGAUAUAAAGCUUAAACCUUCAUUAGAAAAGAAGCAUUUUUAUGGACCGUAUUGUUGGGAAACUUAUGGAGAAUUGAGAACAAACACAACCCCUCCUAUUGAUUGUAUUCAACCUGAUAAAAGAAUCCCUAGUUAUGAUUCUUGUUGAUUAAAUCAAAAUAAAGGAUUGUACUCUCAUUCAGUUGUAUGAAUUGUCCUAUAUUCGAUGUUAUCUUUCAGACUAGUUUUCUGUCUAUGCAUAGUUCUGCAAGACCUUCUUAUCUACCUCCUCGAGGUAGUGGUAAGGUCUGCAUACACUCUACCCUCCCCAGACAGUGUUUCACUAGGUAUGUUGUUGUCAUUGUUAUUGUAAGACCAUAUUGUAUGAAAUAGCUACUUUUAUGUAUAUUAUUAUCCAGAAGAUCACAGAAUAAGAGGACAUUUAAUUGCAUAUCCCUCUAUAAUCCCGAUACCUCUCAUUUUCUGCUGUGCAAUAACAGUAUCAACUUUGUAGUAUACCAUAACAGAAAGAGAAACAGUAUACCAUUCAAAAAAAUGAUCUGUGUAAACAGCUUAAUGUACACACCUAUUUGCUACCUCAUUUCUGAAUCCAAGUACUUCAAUAUCCCACAAGAGUCAGCGUCAGUAGCUCCUUUAUUGUUUUCUAACAUCACAGUUAUCUGAGCAAGGGACAAAUGAUUCCAUUU